AUGGGUGCAAAAAUGACGACUGAGACGCCGCCUUCUGAAUCUCGUUUGAAAAUCACGGCUUCAAAUCUCGGCACUAGUGCUCAGUCCCCAGCUAGCGCAUCCAGCUCAAACUCAUCCAAUUUACAGAGUUUUCGAAAAGAUUUGACCAAUUUGGACGCUGAUCAGGUAAUUUUUUAAAUUGUUUUUGUAAAAUUUGGUUUUGUAAAUAAAGUUCUUGCCAUUUUUGAGUUUGUAAACAAAGUUCUUGCCAUUUUUUGCUUCGUAAACAAAGUUCUUGCCAUUUUUCGUUUUGUAAAGAAAGUUCUUGCAGUUUUUCGUUUUGUAAACAAAGUUCUUGUCAAUUUGCGUUUCUUAAAGAAAGUUCUUGCCGUUUUUCAAAAAAAAAGCUUUGAAUUUAUGCCACAACUGUCAUAUUUCAGGCCCUUUUGUUAUUGACCGCAGAAAGAGCCAACUUCGUCGAUGAAUCGACUGUUUCCACCGCCUCCGGCGACUUUAUCGACAAGAAAUUAAACUUUAACCGGUCGUGGUUCGGCGAAAACUUUCAUCGCUUCAAAGACGAGGUCCACACGGCCAAAGAAUUCAGUGCCAAGAGUCCCAGCUUUCAAAAACAAUGGUUCGACAGUAACAAGGAGAAGCGGCCAAAUCUGUGA